AUGCAGCUGGAACUGGAAGAACUCGGCGAUCGACUUGACGAAGCGGGAGGUGCAACUCAGGCUCAAAUGGAACUGAACAAGAAGCGUGAAGCCGAGCUUGCCAAACUCCGCCGCGAUCUAGAAGAAGCAGCCAUCAAUAGCGAAACAGCCAUGGUAGCCCUUCGAAAGAAGCAUACUGAUGGCAUCGCUGAGAUCACCGACCAACUCGACAUGGUGCAGAAAAUGAGAGCUAAGCUCGAAAAGGAUAAGGCUCAGCAACAGCGGGAAAUCGAAGAACUGCAGUCGGCUAUUGACAGCGAGGUGAAACAGAGACAGAAUAUGGAGCGUCUUGCCAAGCAGCUCGAAGUGCAGCUCACGGACAUGACCCUGAAGAGUGACGAACAGGCGCGUAGCAUCCAGGAAUUGACCAUGUACAGAGGAAAGCUUCAGGCUGAAAACAGCGAGUUGAACAGGUGA